ACCGUACUUUCGCUGAUUUCGCAUUGCCUAAUUUCUCCUAGUUUCAAGAUUCGAGGCUGAGCAUUAUUUCUUUCUCCACCGAGUACUUAUUUACUUAUCGUUGACUCAACUUCUUGUUGGUGCUAUAUUGUUGUUGUCGUGGUAUAUAUUUAUUAAUAAUUCUUCUCUUCUAACCUAGUAUCCUCAGGCUCUCAACUAUUCCAAGCUUCUCCCGCCUGAAUUUAGCGCGUGUAUUGGAUAUCACGAUACUGGCUUCAACAGCCCAAGAAUUUGUACCUCGCGGCCAAGAAACAUAUUAUCAGAUCAAAUAUGGACGCCCGUUGUCAAUGUGGCGCCGUUUCGUUUAAAACACCCCUCCCGGAACCACUUGCGCUCUACAUUUGCCACUGCGCCGAGUGUCGCCGUCAAACUAGCUCCGCCUUUGGCACCUCCGCCAUCUUUCCCCGAUUCCCAUUACCAAAAGCUGAGUUACUCUCCUGCUAUUCUCGUCCGACCUCUUCAGGGCAUACUUUAUAUUGUUACUUCUGCCGAGCCUGCGGGUCUAGACUUCUCCAUACGACGCCAGGUAAAAAUGUUGUCUCUAUAAAAGGAGGCUGCAUUGAAGGAUUAGACUGGACACGCGCAAUCCAUAUAUGGACCAAAUCUGCCAUGGUCCCAAUUCCCGAAGGGUCAGAAUCAUACUCAGAAGAACCAUCUGAAUCAGAUUACUGCGGUUCACAAGAAUCUCUCGACCAACCUCCUGACGCAGCGGGAAUACUUACGGGUAGUGGAGGAAUACCCACAGCGGCUGAUUAUGCGGGAGCUAUUCCCCCUAACCGCGUGAGGGGUGCUUGUGAAUUGAGUGGGAAUUUAAGUGGUGGGACAGUAUCAGAUAAGCCAUUCUUCGGAUAAGAAGCGUUGAUGAUUAUGUUAGUUGAGAGACUUUCUUUCGCCGAUGGCAACAGGCGCGUCACGAAGAUGUAGGGGAAUACCAUCUAGUGAUAUGUAUAUAUAUAUUUAUAUUUUUUUACAAU